UCGCGUUAUUAUUAAAUUAAACAAAACAAGCAGAUCCCGGGCCGAAGAAGCUCCCGAGCAAGCCGGCGAAAGCCCCCCAAACCCUCCCCUCCCGACCCUAGAGCAGCGGCGCACGAGAUGGCCGACGACCCCACCACCGGCGGCGGCGGGGGUGAGGGCGGGGACCGCGUCGAGGACGUCGUCCGAGCCGAGGGUGAAACGCAACCUCAUGAUGAUGGCUCGUCGAAAUCCAAGGAUAGGGAGAAAGAUAGAGAAAAAGACAAGGACAGAGAUCGUCGCAGGGACCGUGACAGAGAUAGAGGGAGAGACAGGGAUCGUGAUAGAGAUAGAGAUAGGGAUAGGGACAGGGAUCGGGACAGAGACAAGGAUCGCCAAAGUAGGCAUCACCGUGAAAGACGGGAACCGCGAGACCGUCCUGAUGAUCACAGAGGCCGUGAUUCUGAAAGGAGAAGAGAACGUGACAGAGAUGGACAUCGUAGGCAUCGUUCUCGGUCUCGUUCAAGGGGUAGAGAUCGAAGAUCUAGGUCACGUUCAAGAAGCAAGCGAGUUAGUGGAUUCGAUGCACCACCCCCACAAGCCAUGGGUUCACCAUUUCCAGUUAUUCCAACCCCAAGUCAGUUACCAGGCACUUCCCUUCCCAACAUUGGCGGCAUGUUUCCAAACAUGCUCCCUUUUGGUGUUGCUGGGCAGUUCAACCCCCUUGUCAUCCAGCCACAAGCAAUGACUCAACAGGCUACUCGUCAUGCUCGGCGUGUUUAUGUCGGCGGCCUUCCUCCAUCUGCUAACGAACAGACAGUGGCAGUUUACUUUAAUCAAGUCAUGGCUGCUAUUGGUGGAAACACUGCUGGUCCAGGUGACGCUGUUCUCAAUGUAUACAUAAAUCAUGACAAGAAAUUUGCUUUUGUGGAGAUGAGAUCAGUUGAGGAAGCAAGCAAUGCAAUGGCCCUGGAUGGCAUUAUGUUUGAAGGGGCGCCUGUGAAGGUCAGAAGGCCAACAGAUUACAACCCUUCCCUUGCAGCUGCACUGGGCCCAAGCCAGCCAAGCCCCAAUCUGAAUCUUGCAGCAGUUGGCCUAACAGCAGGAUCUACUGGAGGGCUAGAAGGUCCGGACCGUAUUUUUGUGGGUGGCCUUCCGUAUUACUUCACUGAAGCUCAAGUUCGGGAGUUGCUUGAAUCAUUCGGUCCUCUUCGAGGGUUUGAUCUUGUGAAGGACAGGGAAACCGGUAACUCAAAAGGCUAUGCAUUCUGUGUUUACCAGGACCUCACUGUCACUGACAUUGCUUGUGCUGCACUAAAUGGUAUCAAGAUGGGUGACAAAACCCUUACUGUCAGACGAGCAAACCAGGGGGCAUCUCAGCCCAGACCAGAGCAGGAAAGUAUCCUAUUGCAGGCACAGCAACAGGUGCAGUUACAGAAACUUGUGUAUCAAGUUGGGGCGCUCCCUACAAAGGUUGUUUGCCUCACCCAGGUGGUAACAGCAGAUGAAUUGAAAGAUGAUGAAGAAUAUGAGGACAUUAUGGAAGACAUGAGGCUAGAAGCAGGCAAAUAUGGUACUUUGGUGAAAGUCAUCAUCCCACGUCCUGACCCCAGCGGACAGCCAGUCGCAGGAGUUGGGAAGGUGUUCCUGGAAUAUGCAGAUAUCGAUGGUGCGGCCAAAGCAAAGACAGCAUUGCAUGGAAGGAAAUUUGGUGGGAACCCUGUGGUCGCUGUCUGCUAUGCUGAGGACAAGUUUGCCAAUGGGGAAUAUGAUGGAUGAAAACCUCCUGAACUAUAGCAGUAGUUGGUCUCUGGCUCGUCGCUACCUGUUUGUUUAAUCGCAGCAAAGAUGAAGGGUCUCUCAUCUAAGCUGAACCUGUAUUGAUUGCCCUGGAUUUUUGCUAAGCCACCUGUUGUGAUUUGUGAAACAUUGGAAGAAUAGGUUUCUGUGUUUGAAUUGUUCCUUUGUUCUGUAUCUUGUUUUUUUGAAGCAAAUCUGUAUCUUAUUUGACUAUAGUUUCCGCUGGAUUUCUUGUUUAUACUUGUAUGGGCAAUUUGGCUGGCUGUUGCAGCAAGCUAGGAAUAUCAUAAAAAGGAGAUGGAUAUUCUUCGUGCA